AUGGAUGGAGGCACACAGCUGAGAGGGUCGAGAGUACACCAUAACAACAGAGGAAUGUUAUCUCUCAAAAGCAGCUGGAGGAUGAACGCAGAAUGCCAACUGUUUUGUCAUGCCGGAGACGCAGACGCAGGGCGCAGGCGCAGGCGCAGCCACACGCUGGUUGUCGCAGCACUUGUGAGAAGAAGCACUUCUCUCUUCUACUCGGUAGCACCACGGACAUGGCCGUACACGAUGAGAAACCAAGUCAUCAAAUCCACAGACAAAGAGAGAGAGCAUCUCGGAUUCCUCCUCUGCGGCAAUAAUAAUCAGCGUGAAAACGAGAGAGGGACGAUGCGAUGCGAUGCGAUGCGGAAUGCGUCGUGGUCAAGGCCCCAGCUAGGCUUCCCAUCGACACCCGACAUAGUACUCCAAACCUCGUCGUUGUUGUUCGCGUUUGCCUCCACCCUCCCCCGGGCUCCUUCAGUCAGCAGUCACCUUUGUCUCCGCCACUCGACGCUGCCGCCUACAGACUACGACCAUCACCAGUCCGAAACAAACUGCUCGCCUCUCCCUUUUAUAUUCACCCUUUCCCUUGCCCUCUCCUCCUCUCAAAACAACACGUACUUUGUCAACACUCGCCUCUCAUCCGUCAUCUAUCCUCCACCGCUACUCCUCGCCUUCACCCACGAAGCCAUCCUAUCCUACCAACCUGCUAAGAACGACUCCCCGCUCAACUCCAUGUACAUCCACCGCCAAUAA